ACCAGCAGAACACAUCGGCUCAUAGUUCCACUGAGUAGUAGUAACAGUUAACGCUAACCAUUUGGAUUAUAUUUAUUUCUUUUCAUAUCACUGCAGAAAUAUGAAAAAUAUUUUGGCUAUCGGAGUAUUCGCCUGUUUUUGCGUGGCAGUUUUCGGCGAUGGUUACGGUAAUGGCGGGAACAAGGGACCAGUGAACCAAUUCUGGAACAGCGAACCCUCAUUACACCGACACGGUGCUAUUGGACUGUAUCCUAACAACAUCCAUUUGGCGGGAAACUUCUUCCAGUACCAAGCUCACAAACCAGCUCCCAUGUUCAAUGGUCCAAAGAAAAUUGUAAAUCACAACUACGGUGGUAAACGGUUCAAUGGUUAUGGUAGUCCGAAUGUCGGAGCUCCAGGUGGACAGUAUCCUCCAGUAAUGCCACGUCCUUAUCAUGGAUAUGGAGAAAGCGUCAUGGGAUUUUCCGGCGGAUUUGACCCCUAUUAUGUUGACCCUCGACCAGGCGUACCAGAAACCUUGGAUUACUUAGUCGGUAGAGGAGGCGAAUUCGUUAAAAAGAAUUGGCAAUCACUCGCAUUGGCUGGAGCCGGACUUUACCUACUGAACAAGAACUGAUUACGUCCUUACAAAUAAGAAAUCCUCUCCGGUCCGGAUUCCGGAUCAAGCUUUAUAGUUCCUCUCAUCCGUUGUUAUUUAUUGCUUCUGUUUUCCAUAAAUAAAAGUGCUAUUUUAAAAGCUG